UAGCCGCCGCCGGGCCGGGCCGGGCCGGGCCGGGCCGUGCGGUGCAGGCUCCUCCCCGGCCGCUUCCUCAGCGAGCGGCGGCGGCGGCAUGUGGAGGCCGGCAGCGCUCUGCGCCGUGCGGGCGGCGCGGCGGGCGGCGGCGCGGCGGCGAAGCGCUGGCCCCGGGGGCGCCCCGCUGGAGCGGGCCGGGGCCGCGGCCGCCGCCACCGUCCGCGGCCGGGCGCAGCUACAGUGUGCGUCGGAGCUGAAGAGCAGGGCGGUGCGGUUUGUGAGUGUGAGAAACGCAGGGACUCUGAGUGACAGAAGCUCUUUAGAUGAGACCACUUAUGAAAAACUGGCUGAAGAAACACUGGACUCCUUAGCAGAUUUCUUUGAGGACCUAACCGAUAAGCCUUUUACCCCAGAAGAUUACGAUGUCUCUUUAGGGAGUGGAGUUUUAACAGUUAAAUUAGGUGGAGACAUGGGAACAUAUGUAAUCAAUAAACAAACACCAAACCGGCAGAUUUGGCUGUCCUCACCCACUAGUGGGCCCAAGCGCUAUGACUGGACUGGACGGAAUUGGGUGUAUUCUCACGAUAGAGUAUCUCUUCAUGAACUACUAUCAAAAGAGUUUUCAACAGCAUUAAAAACUAAAUUGGAUUUGUCCUGCUUAAUAUAUUCUGGAAAAGAAGAUACUUGAUGAUAUUCUACCUCACGGAACUUCAAAGACUUGAAGCACAAGCCCUCCCCUGUUUCCUGAGUACCCGAGCUUACUGUUUUUCUUGACGUCACCAUGUUGUGCAGCAAUAUGAAAAUAAUACAUUUUUCUCAAGUGCUCAGCCCUUGGGUUUCUGUGUCACUGCUUGAAUCUAUGCCCAUGGUUGAACACAUGGUUGAGGUCUCCCUUCCUGUGACUGCGUUUCUUACUUUCUUACUGCAGAAGCUGUGGAUUCUUACUUUCUAGUUUUGCAUGGACUGGCCUGCUGGGUGAGUUCUGACAAGCGCACGAAUGUCAAACUUUUUUGUUGAGACAUUAGCCCAAAACCAAGAAAUGCCUCUGAAUUACAAUGAUGUAAGCUGUGGUACUUUGAUGCCUUGCAGUAAAAGUUGCAGCUAGUGAUAGGAUUUUAAUGUUACUGCAGGUAAAUAAGGCGUAGGAGUCAAAUUGAAUGUGUCAUAAAGGACGUGACUGUGGCAAAACUUUUCGUUUUGUGUGAUGGAUGUAGUUUUUUCUCGGUAUUGCAGAACUUGCUCUUUUCUCCAAAUUCUCAUUUCUUUUACGUUGGGAUAUUUUUCUGAGCUAAACUUAAAACUACCAACAGGUCUGCAUGGUUGUAAGCAUCAUAUGAAUUCAAAAAGGCUGGCGUGUAAUGUUUAAGCUGUGCAGCAAUCUUUCUGCAAAUACUUUAUUCUCUUACUGUGAAAUUCUCUUCCUGUUUUUACUCUCCACAGAGUAAAAAGAUGUAAUUUAUUGCCUGUUUUUUAGUUAAGGUAAAUGGAGAUUCUCUCAUGAUAGCAAAAAUUGUACCACUGCAUUUCUUAGGUGAGUGGGCUCGGAUUAUCUUUUUUAACCAUUAUGUGAGACUUCCCUUAAUACCAUGUUCACGCAGAAACAUUUCCCUUUUGGUUUUAAGAUAUGUUUUUUAAAAAAAAAAAGAGAUAAUGAAAUAAAUUAUUAUACCCCAGAUCUUACACCAAAAAGCUUUAAAAACAUUGAACCACAAGAACACUAACGCUUGCACUGUUGUAUGGAGUAUCAGUAUUAUUGCUACUGAUUGUUCUUGAAUUGCCUAUGAAAUGGGAGCACAAAGUUGUUGUCUAAUUCUUGAGAUAACUUAUACCAUAUUGUUAACGUAUUUUUCUUAUUGCGUGAAAAGAUGUUCAGAGCAAAUUAAUUUUCUUCGUGGUUCCUCUGACACUUCUGAUUAUUUAGCUAGAGAAUCAUGACAAGCUGGAAUUAUUACAGGUGUGAUUCAUUCCGCUACAAAAGAACAAUAGCUAGAUAGCAUCAUUGUCCUGUACUUACAACUAAAAUAUAUGUUGUUACUAGCUAUUUCCCACUGUUAAUUAGAGAAUACCAUUCCCUUGGAACCAGAUCGUGAUUAAGUGUGAAAACUGUGAUCAUGUUAAUUGUGCAAACUGUUACACGUUUUCAAUCAAAAUUUGACAUGGUCACUAUUACCUGUAUAUACUCCACUGGAUGAGGUAAAUAAAAGGAGUAGCAAGUGAUACAAGAAUGAAAGCGGCUUCUUUUUUUUUUCCCCCUCAAAUGAAAGCUAAAACCAGAACAUCUUUUUGCUGUUUUGAAUUUAGAACGGUAAAAAUAAUUUACAGCACAUGGAAAACAAUAGUAUUCCAAUCAGUCUCCUAGUAACUAAGAAAGUUACUUAGAUACAUCUGGAUAGAUGUUAAUUACCUGGUAUUAGAAUCUAGGAUACUUCCUCUUGCUUCUUUCUUUGCUUGAUCAUAUGUAACUUGUGUAAUUAUUUUUUCCUAUUGGCUAUUCCAAAAAUUAUUUCAUGUAAUUUGCAUGUAAUUGAUUCAUAAACAUGCAUGUGAUUCACAUUUUGGGGUUCAUUCUCUAUGCCUUUCCAUCUUGUACAGUUGUUCACAUCAAAAUACAAUUGCACGUAGAGCAUGUAGAAUCCAUUGUGUAAAGUUUGAUUUCCCACUAUGACGAUAAAGAUCGCGGAUGGGCAUAUUGUGCUGGAUUAUUUGUGUUUGUUAAAACACUUACUGCAAAGAUUCUAUUCAGAAUUUGGCCAGCCAGGGUGGGUUUUUUAAGAGCACUCCAACCUUCAUGUUUGAAGUGCCUUCCCUUUCAUCCACAAUGCUACUGCUAUUUAUGCAAACAAUUUCCUGGUUUUAGCUAGCUGAGUAACAGUUGGAUUUAAUCCAACUGGGGAAGAUGAAUAGCAUCAGCUUGUUAGAAUGAGGGCUUUUUUUUUAUCCCCAUAUACAAAAUGAAUUGUAAGACAUGAUUCAUUUGUGCUCUAAUACUUGCAUGAGAUUUUAAGUGAGGAUGAGGACUCCGUCAGUCACCAUGCUUGUGCAUAGGAGGAGUUCUGAUCCUGGUGUCAGACUGCAUAUCGCCCCAAGACAAGUAGGGCUUCUGUACUAUUUUUCACUUCCUCAACUUGUAUUAGCAGAUUGCUCCACAGUUACAAACCUGACAGGCAUCGUGUCAAUUGCUUGCUGCUUCACUCCUCUCAAAAUAGCUGAAGGAAUCCUCUGAUACUCACUAUGAAUGGUUAAUACCACGUAAGAAUUGGUGUAUUACUGGUGGCUUUUUCCCCACAAGACAGUUGCUCUGUCUUUGGUGAAGGAAAGCACAGAGUGCUUUUGAAAGACAAAUACUGAUAUCUGAAACCCUGCUCGAUGCUCAGAGAAAGUGAGGAGUGUUGUUCCAUGUUAAGGUACAUCUGAAUUUUCACCGAUAGCUAAUUGUCCUUUCUGCAGUCAGUGACUGUGUUUGUCUGCUUCUGUCCUACAGCUCCAAAGUCCCAGCAUUUCUAACCUUGCUAAAAUUGUUUUCUGUGUGCCAAGGAUUUCUCUGGAAAUCUUGGUAGAUACAUGUAGUUCAGCUAAGCUUACAGCAACUGCUCCCCAUCUGUGGCGGUCAUGAAAUGCUACAUGUGUUCAGCAGGAGUUACGUGCCUAAGUGCUUGUCCAGUGUUUUUUGGUUCAUUUUCCUUUCUGCUUGUGGUAAUUCUUAAGUAAUGGUAUCUCUUCCUUCCAAGGUUGUUCCAUGUGACAAAAUCAGCCUGUCUUGUUUCCUUAAAAUUCCCUAAGUCCUUUAGCAGCUUCAGUACAUGGGAUUUAUUGACCUGUCUCAAAGAGCUGAUAGCUGAGUAAGGGUAGGGGAAUUGCAGGGAGUGUUUGAUUACUUUUGGGUUCUGGUUAAUGGUUGAACUCUGUGAUUGUGCUAACCAGUCCUGGAACGUGUGGGAGUCUUGCAGGAGUGAAUCCUUGGAAGGAAGGCAGAAGCUUGCCAAAAUACCUGGAAGAACAUUCAAAAUAAAAAAGGAAGCAUGGGAGGAGCAGAAGAAAAGGCUAUCAGGAAGAGAUUAAC